CACUAGCCGCUUAUUUACCGGCAUCAUACUUUAAUAGAUUCUUAGGACUACUUAAACUUGUCAACUAUUCAUGACGUCUGAAUUAAAGAUGGCGGCCCCGAUCUGAAAAAUGUUGCCCCUAAUUUUCUUGGCAAAUACAUUAGUCACUUGCAGCCUUGCAUUUUAUACGAUAAUUACCCACGCACCAGCUUCAUUCUUGACGAUCGCUCAAUUAUUCAAUCGAUUUCCCGUCCUACUCUUACAUUUACAUGUAGCUAGAUGUAAGUGGGACGGGUAUAGAUUCACGUGUAGGCGCGAAGCGAAACUUCGAAAUGCUCGGGUAGUCGCGACUCAGCCUUCGGAGAGAGCGGUCGCACGCGAUGCCGGCUCCCUCCGCGUUAAGAAAUGCUCUCACGCUUUCCAAACUUGAAAAUAAAUAUCACCUCAAAGGCAAACUGAAGAUGAGAUAAAAUAAUUGUACGGAUGUUGUUUAUUAUUUUUUGGCAAGGCCGCGUUUAAUCAAUAAACGUUUAAUUGUAACGCGAUUGCCCGCGCUAUCGAGUUUUCUAUAUAUUUUAUUCUAAGUGCCAAUUAAAAUAGUUUUGGUGGACAGUGUUUCGAGUGAGAGAUUGUUUAUAUAUCUGUAUCUUCAUGGAAUAUGGGCAUCUGUUUAGAUACUGAACAAAACAAUGAAGAGGUGGAGACAACCGGCGGUCACACGCGGCGCGAGAGCACUUGGGCGGGGCGCGCCACCCCUCCCGCGGCCGCCUUUCCUAUGCAGAACUCCAGCCACGUCAAGUUCGAGCCACCGUCCGUCCCUGUCAUAUUCAUACUGGGCGGGCCGGGCAGCGGGAAGGUGACACACUGCGAUAACCUGAUGCAGGAGAGACGUGGCCUGGUUCACGUCAACAUGACAGAUCUGCUUCAGCAAUACGCCAUCGGAAAUGACAUGCAAGACUUCGGCACACUAUCAAGCAAGACGGUCACCGAGGUCCUAAUGCUGGAAAUGAAGAUGGCUCCCACAGCGAAGACUUAUCUGGUCUCCGGCUACCCAAGGUCGAUGAGGGACGUCGCUGAAUAUUCAGAUAAGAUCCAGACAAUAAGCGGCGUGUUGCUAGUCAGUUGGCGCCAGCGGGUUCUUGAGCGCCAAAUCGAGUAUGGCGCCCGUCUCGGCCACGUGGUGCUCAGUUUGGCGCGGAUGGAACUCAACAACUUCUACAGAAGCGUCAUGCCAGUGGCCGAGUACUUCGAUCAGAGCGGGAUGCUUAUAGCGGUAAACGGCGAGCGGAACCCCGAGGAGGUCUACAAGGACUUCCGCGCCGCCGUGCUCCAGAUCCUCGGCUCCGUUGAAGACCAGUCAACCAUGAACGGCGUGAGCGGCGUCGGGGUCGGCGCCGGCGGGAUUCCCGGCGAGAUUGUCGGCGUGGAACCCGCGCCGCAGACGGGCAUGCGGGAGCGGGUUAGGGCUGAGGUGUUGCCAGUGAUGCCGGUCAAUGGGGAUGCGAGGAUCACCAGUCCGAAGGCUGAAGUGAUAAGAGUGAAAGGCGCAUCAACGACACCAGCCAUCUUGUGGGUGGUGGGUGGACCGGGGAGUAACAAGGCAGCGCUGUGUCAGCGAUGUGUGGCACUGCGGCCGGGAUGGACGCACUACAGCCUCGGGCAACGUCUCCGAUCCCUCGCCGACACCGGCGGCGGGCCGGCGUCCGACGGUGCACUGGCCCGCACCGCCAUCAGCGGCGGAGAGCUGGCUCCACGGGACCUGGUGACGCAGCUGGUGCGAAAAGCUGUCGUGGAGGGUGGCAGAGGAACCGGGCUAUUGCUGGACGGGUAUCCCAGGGAUUUGGAGCAGAUGGAACAGUUCGAGAAGGAGUUCCGGGUAUCACCGCGCAUGGUUCUCCUGGACUGCUCGAAGCUGCAGCUGGGGCGCGGGAGACGCGACGACUCCGUAGCUGCCUUCCGGCGGCGCCUGGAGGUGUUCAGGGAGCUCAGUCUGCCCAUGCUGAAGACUCUGGACCAGCAUCAUCGGCUUGUUAUCGUGGAUGGUGACACAGACUCGUCCGACGUGCAAGCGGAGUUCACGAAAGUAGUUCAAGAAGAGAUGGAGAAGGCAGAGGUCAUUGCGACCAUGCCACCGGAGCCGGCGGAAAUGCCGCCUACUCCUAAAUCAGACAUGUCCGCAAUGCAACAGUUUACCCACGCCAUGUCCCGAAUGGGCGGCGGCCUAGCCAACGGCUUCGCCAACGGAGGCCUACGAAACGGGAACGUGGUCAAUGGGACCAUUCCCAACGGGAACGUGGGCAAUGGGUUUAUUGGGAUGGCCAAUAAUAAGGUAAAACCUAUAAUAAACAACGUAGCAAAAAUCCCAACUGUAUCCCAAAUGACCCACGAUGAGGUCAGAAGACUCUACGAACAGAGCUCAGGAGAAGUGAUGACCCUUAAUACACACAUGUAAUUCGAAAACAUAACCUGUCCUUUAGAAUAAUGAAGCCUAGAAGUUUGGUUCCGUAGACAAAAUCGUGCUAUCUUCAUCUCUGUCUCUCUUACAAAAACCGAGUGAAAGCGAUUGUUAAUCAUAUGUAA